UCUCUAUUUUCGAGAAUCAACUGAAACCCUAAUCAUAUAAGAUAGUUGUUUUUUUUUUUUUGCCAUAUACAAUCCUUUUCCUUGAGAGUUGGUGCUGCUGGUGAAAGCUUUCACUGUAUAACUGCUCCGAAAAAAAAAAAGAAAACAAAAAUAAGAGAAAGAUUCUUGCUUAACCAUGGCGGACAAGGCAGUGACUAUUAGGACCAGGAAGUUCAUGACCAACAGGCUACUUUCCAGGAAACAAUUUAUCAUUGAUGUUUUGCAUCCUGGGAGGCCCAAUGUUUCCAAGGCUGAACUAAAGGAGAAGCUUGCUAGAAUGUACGAGGUUAAGGACCCCAAUUCAAUUUUUGUGUUCAAGUUCAGAACCCAUUUUGGAGGUGGUAAAUCUACCGGAUUUGGUUUGAUAUAUGAUUCUGUUGAGAACGCAAAGAAGUACGAGCCCAAGUAUAGGCUAAUCAGGAACGGACUCGAUUCCAAGGUAGAGAAAUCGAGAAAGCAAAUGAAGGAAAGGAAGAAUCGGGCUAAGAAGAUCCGAGGAGUAAAAAAGACCAAGGCCAGUGAAGCAGCAAAGAAGAAGUGAGAUACAAGGAUUUGAAAAAGAAGAGGUGAAGUUGAUGCUGUAACUUAGAGCCAAUGUUUUGAGGUGAAGUUGAUGCUGUAACUUAGAGCCAAUGUUUUCCAACACAAGUGUUUAGGUGUUCUUCAAUCUGUUUUGUUUGUUUUUUUAAAAAAGAAAAAACUGGAUUUUGGUGUUCAACUGAUGUUUAAUCUUAUUUUUGCAGCAGAUUUUGAUAUAUUUAGUGAGUGUAAUACUUUGUUAUUUCCAUUAAUGUUCCCUUCCUUUAUUUUGCCA